AAUCCCCUUAUAAAAACUCCUUUCAGAUUAUUCAAAGCAAUAUAAUGCUUUUGUUGUCCUCAUCCUCGCCAUCUCCUUCUUCUUCUUCUUCUUCUUCUUCUUCUUCUUCUCCCUUUAGCAAUAUCUUCCGUCUAAAUCAAGAUUCAAAAUCAAGAAUGGAUUCUUCAGAUUUCCCAGUGGCCAGAUCUCCAAGAAAAGAACUUCAGGGUCCAAGACCACCAGCUUUAAAAGUCCGUAAAGAUUCUCACAAAAUCAAGAAACCACCCGUAGCACCACAACCAUCACAGCAACAACCACACCAUCACUACCAGCAGCCACGGCAACCUAUAAUAAUCUACACAGUUUCACCAAAAGUUAUUCAUACAAACCCUAAUGACUUCAUGACUCUAGUUCAACGCCUAACUGGCUCUUCUUCCUCUUCUUCGAACUCCACUGCUACUACUUAUACACCUCCUAAUCCCUUUAACGAUGACGGUGGUGCAAUAUCGCCGGCAGCGAGGUAUGCAACGAUAGAAAAAGCUAAGUCACCUAAAGAGAAUAAUAUUAAACAGACAUUCACUGGUGAUAUGAGUUUCUUGGAAGGAAUUGAAAUGAGUCAAGUAAUGGAAAGAUCAUUAUUAUCAUCAACACCAACAGGUAAUUUGCUUCCACCUGGGAUUUUAUCACCGGGGCCGGCUUCGCUUCCUCCAAUACAUCAGAAUUUUUUUUCUCCGCAAUCGGAUCCAAAUAUGGUUAGCUUCUUCCAUGACUUGAGUCCGGUUCUUCAUAAUAGAAAUUUUAUGGAAGGAAGUUUCAUGCCUAGUCCUUCCACUUUCCUAUCUCCUCGCUUAAUGGCUUCUCCAACUCCAUCUAUAGACUUAUUCAAUAAUUUCAAUUUCAAUUUCAAUUUCGAUUUUUGAUUUUUUAAGGAAUACAUUUUAGAAAUGAUUAGGGUUUUCUUUUGUUUUAUAUAUUUUCUUGUUAGUUAUAUUGUUUUUUGGUUUUUAUUAUCAUCUUCUUCAUACUUCAUGGUGGAGAGAUGACAGAGAAGAAGAGAAGAAGAGGAGGGGUAAUAGUGCAAAUAGUGGAAAUUUGAUGAUCUUUUUUCUUUUGGUAGGUUAGCAAGUUGGAGACUUGUUAAUGGCAUUAUGUUUUUUUUUUUUUUUUCUUCUAAUUUUAAUUUUAGUGGGUCCAUUGAUUGGCAAGUUUUUGCUCUAUUGUACUUUGUUAAGGACCUUUUUUUAAUUUUUUUUUUAAUUUUUCUGAUACCAUUCUUUUGUCAUGUACCCUAUGGCAUGUAAUUUAAAACAAUAAUAACAUUUUGGUUCCUCAAUUUGUUGACCUUCUAUUCCAAUU